AUGCCUUUGAUCAUCGUCACCGGCUUCCCCACGUCGGGCAAGUCCACGCGAGCGAAACAGCUCCACGACUACCUCUCAGAACGCAUCGCCGACUCAAAGCACCGUCUACAUCUCAUCUCCGACGACAGCUUAUCCAUAUCCCGCACCGUCUACGACCUCGCGGCCGUGCCCGCGCACACGCGCUCCGCCAACGCCUCGGAGAAGGAUGCCCGCGCCAGCCUCUACGGCGCCGUCAAGCGCGUGCUGUCCGACAAGGACAUUGUCAUCCUCGACAGCCUCAACUACAUCAAGGGCUGGCGCUACCAGCUGCACUGCGAGGCCAAGGCCAUGCGCACGCCCAGCUGCGUCCUGCAGAUUGGCUGCGCGCCCGACCGCGCCAGGGAGGUCAACCAAGCCCGUUUGGAUCGACGCGCAGCAGUCGAGAGAGGCGAGGAGCAGCAGGCGUCAGAGGAGGGCCCGGAGCCGUACGAGCAGAGCAACUGGGACAAUCUCGUGUUUCGCUACGAGGAGCCGAACCCCAUGACGAGAUGGGACAGCCCGCUCUUCACGCUCAUCUGGGAGGACGACGAGGCGCAGGCGGCGCAGACAUUUGCGUCGCUGUGGGAUGCCAUUGCCGGCGACGGGCGCAAAGUGGUCAAGCCCAAUCAGUCGACGGAGCCGCGCGGGCGCGACGCCGGCGGCGAUUACCUCUACGUCCUGGACCGCGAGACGCAAUACAUUGUCAAGCGUAUUCUGGACCAGCAAGGGGACGAAGCGGGCGGCGAGGUCAAGAUUCCUCUCAACGGCGACUCCACCACACAGGACAGUUUGGUAGUGGACCUGCCCACGCUGAAGAAGCUGAGCCUGCCCGGCCUGCAACGGCAUCGAAGAGCAUUCAUGGGCUUGAACAGAGGCGGCAUUGGCUUGGAAGCGGUUGGCAACAUGGCAGUGGAUCAAAUUCGAGCGCUCUUUGUGCGCUACCUCAACGAUGCAUUCGAAAAAGAGGAGUGA